GAUCGCUAGAGGAUAUCGAAAGAGGGUUCUCACUUCUUAGUUCUUACCAAGUUUGAAAGUGAAGAACAUCGCAUAUUCCCAUCUCUCUGGUAGUGGUGCGUAGCAUGGGAGUCAUGGGACUCGCUUCUCUCGUCCAUGUCCAUACUCGAUCUCCAUCGAAGUCUGAUCCAGGUCCUCUAAGGGUUUCAUCUUCUUCGCCAAUCCGAGCUCAGAUACACUCCUUGGUUUUCGUCUCUCACCAGCCCCAUUCUUUUUGCUCAGUUAGUCGUCGUCUUCGUAGACGUUGUCGUAGUGGUCGGAUCCAAUUCACUCCAAUUGCUUGCGCUAGACGGACUGAGCAAGACGAAGAUAUAUCCAUUUCAGAAGAAACUGAGAGGACCAGUUCUGAAUCAUCUGAUGUCAUUAACAGUAACGACAAUGCCACCAACACAGUCCCAUCUGUUGGAACUCCGGAAGGGAAAAUUCAGGGACCAGAUCAUGGUUAUGUUUCAUCUGUUAGAACUGUUGCUUUAUGUGUGUCCACAGCCGUAGCAUUUGGUCUUGGUGUAGGUUUGAUGGAAGGAGUUGGCAAGGCGUCUGAGUUUUUUGCAGGGUACUUGCUGGAGCAAAGUUUGUCGGUGGACAAUCUAUUUGUCUUUAUUUUGAUUUUCAAGUACUUUAAAGUGCCAAUCAUUUAUCAGAGCCGGGUGCUUUCAUACGGUAUUGCUGGUGCAAUUAUCUUUCGGUCAUUAAUCAUACUUCUUGGAACAGCCACACUUCAGAGGUUUGAGGCAGUGAAUCUUCUACUGGCUGCGAUACUUAUUUACUCAUCAUUCAAGCUUUUUACUGGAGAAGAGGAAGAGAAUGACCUCUCAAACAAUUUUAUUGUGAAGACAUGCCAGAAGUUUAUACCUGUCACCUCUGAUUAUGAUGGUGAUCGGUUCAUAACAAUCCAGGAUGGUGUAUGGAAGGCCACACCAUUGCUUCUCACAGUAGCAGUUAUUGAGCUCAGUGAUAUUGCUUUUGCUGUUGACUCAAUACCGGCAGUUUUUGGUGUUACACGAGAUCCUUUCAUAGUCGUCUCUUCGAAUUUAUUCGCCAUUUUAGGGUUAAGGUCGCUGUACGUGCUUAUUUCUGAAAGUAUGUCUGAGUUGGAGUAUUUGCAGCCUGCUAUCAGCAUUGUUCUGGGUUUUAUUGGGUGCAAGAUGAUCUCCGACUUCUUCGGAUACCAUGUGUCAACUGAGGUUUCUCUGGGUUUCGUAGCUACUUGUCUUAGUGGUGGGGUGCUGUUGAGUCUCAUGAGGAAGUCCGACUGAAGGAACUGAUGAAGAAAAGAAUGGAUGUGAAGAUUUGUAUUUCUUGUUCUCCCUUUGAGUACUGGUCAAGCUGCCAUGUUGCUCAUUUUCAUUUCCUUCCGAGUUUUCGGUCAAUUCUUCAGGAAGUUGACAUGGUGAUUGAAGGUUUCUGUAAUUAUUCAUGGGUUGGUUAGUGUUCCUUGUUCCAUGAUUACUUAACCAAGAACCUGUGAACUCAUUGCUACUGUAGAUGGGAUUUUUUGUAUUUUAGUUGCAUCUUAGGGAGCUAUGUAGUCUUCUCAAAGAGUUUAAUUUAAUGAAGAAUGUUACAAGAGCAUCUUUACAAUAGUGAAGAAAAUUUGUACA